AUGAAGCCAGCAUACCAGAAGCUACUCAACAAAGACGUUCUCAUCAUCGGCGGAACGUCGGGCAUGGGAUACGCGGUCGCUGAGGCUAGUCUUGCAUCCGGCGCAGACGUUACAAUUUCGUCCUCGAACCAGACCCGCAUCAACGAGCGGGUCAAACAACUUCAAACCGAUUACCCAUCACGAAGGGUGCAGGGAUUUGUCUGUGACUUGUCACGCGACACCCUCAAAGAAGACAUAGAAGACCUGUUCAAGAAAGUCGGCAAAUUGGACCACAUUGUUUUCACUGCGACGGAACCACCCAAGUUGUUUAGGUACGACGAGUUCACGUUGGAGUAUUGGCGCAAUGCAGGCCAAAUGCGACUUUUUGCGCCCUUUUUUGUUGCGCAGGUGGGAUCCAAGUAUCUGAAUCCUGGACUUGAGUCAUCGAUCGUUUUGACGACGGGAACAUCCUCUGAGAAACCUAUUGCUGGCUGGCCGGUUGUUGCCUCAUACGCAGCCAGCUUGAAAGGUCUUACUAGGUAUUUGGCUUUGGAUUUAAAGCCUAUUCGACCCGGAGGCAAGAAGGGUCUGUUUGAGUGGGUUAAGACUGCCACGGCAUUGGAGAAGAUUGGGAAGCCAGAAGAAAUCGCAGAAUCCUUUCUGUGGUUUAUGAAGGAUACAAAUGUCACCGGUAGUGUCGCGGAGACUAACUCUGGGAUGAAGCUGGUCUAA